UUGGAUGUCAUCAGAACAGCUGUCACUGUCGUCUUCAAAUUUAUUCACGUCUGUAAUUUGAUAGAAAGUUUAUUUUGUAGUGCAUUCUCGCUUUAUUUCUUUAUCUCUGUCCAGUUUUAUCAUGUUUAUACUAAGUAAUAAGUAUUAAGGUUAUUAAGGGCAUUUAACAUAAGCAGGAGUUCAAGAUGGCAUUAAAAUUUUUAUUCAUACUCCUUGUGUGCACUUGGUCUGUUUAUGCCGAUUUACAGAAUGUAAGCGACGAAGAGUUGCUAUCGUUUAUCAAAGAAAAAGAGAAGCUUAUUGUCUUAUUCUCUAAGGCAAAUUGUCCCUCAUGUGAUAAGUUUGAACAGCUGUUAGAUAGUUUAAAUGUGGAUUUUAAAAAGCACCUCGAAGCAUUUACAGUGAAGACAGAAAAUAGUCAUUUAGUUCGUUUGUACAGUCCUAGUAAAGAGCCUGCUGUAGUAUUCUUUAGACAUGGUGUUCCUUUGUUAUACAGUGGAGAACCAGAAGAAAGUGAAUUGUAUGGAUUCUUUGAAAAAAAUCAGUCUCCAGCUGUCAAGGAGCUUACAGAUAAAAUAUUUGAGCACAUGACUCAAGCAGCUACUGGAGCAACAACUGGAGAUUGGUUUGUUAUGUUCUAUGGUGCAUCAUGUGUGGAGUGUCAAAGGUUGCAUGCAGUAUGGGAGAGUGUGGGCGCCACUCUGCGUAACCGUAUAAAUGUUGCGCGUGUUGAUGCCAACUUGGCAGGUUUGAAUACAGCAAAACGGUUUAAGAUAUCUAAGUUACCAUCAUUCUUAUUCUUCCGAUUAGGAAAAGUCUACAGAUAUGACUUACCAAAGAAUGAUGUCAAAUCAUUUGUUUCAUUUGCACAAGAUUGGUACAAAAAUGCUAAAGCUGAAGUAGUCCCUCUUCUUGCAUCACCUUUUGAUGAAGUUGUGGAUUGGUCAGUUGAUAUGCUGAAAUUCAGCAUUGCUUUUGGAUUGGAUAUAUUAACAAAAUACCCAUGGAUAUGGCAAAUUGGAUUAGCAGGAUUUGGCUUAGUUGCUAUUACUGCAUUGAUAGCUCUAGUAAAGGCCAGAAAACCAAAGCCAAAAGAAGUUAAAAAAGAUAAAAAGAGUAAAUAAAAUCGCUUGAUUUGUUAUUCACAAUUUUUAGCUGUAAAAGCAAUAAUUCCUAUUGAUCUCUCUGAUUUACUUUAACAAUAGGAAACAAAAAUUAAGAUGCAUUCCUUUAUUUGUGGUAAUUUUUAAUUUGUAUAAGAGAUCCGUCCUAGCUUUUUAAAUGACUCUGUCACUGGUGCUUUGGUUUUGAAUAUGAAUUAUAUAUUUUGUAAUUUUAUACGAAAAUAAAAUAUGUACAAUA